CCAAGAGCGAGGCCUAUUUGUCUGCUAAGACAUAGGCUCGUGUCGUCUUUGACGUAACAGGCGCUGAGAUUUGUCUUGUUUUGGAGCAUGGCCUAUUAAUGAACAUUGGAACAUAAUGAAGCAAAAAAAAUAAGCUGACAUCUCAUUGUCUUUGGUGGGAAGCUUGACAUUCAAAGUGACUGUUCGAACAGUCCUUUCACCACUGGAGUUUGGAAGGAGAAACAAAAGCAUGAGAAAUAUCCUGGACCUGUGUGUGCUUCUGUUGAUAGCAGGCCCAAAACCAGCCCCGUUAAGGAUGGUAACAGCAGAGGGGUUAAAGGUGAGGCAGUGGCCCCCUUCUCUCACUGUAAUGCGGGGUCAGAGUGCCAACCUGUCCUGCCGUUUCGAGGCCACGUCCUACGGGGUGGACUGGUUCAAGAUAGAGGGGGCCGAAAAGAUCCCCAUCCCACAUUCAGCUGGGCAGACGUCCCUGGUGAUAACCGAGGUGUCCGUGGAGGAUGCCGGUGUGUAUUACUGCGAGGUCAACGUCCUAUACAGAGAUCCAGAGCGAGGAGGCGGCACAAAGCUCAUUGUCCUGGCACCCCCCUUUGUGCCCCAACUACUCCUCCAGGUCCCCUCGGACCCCCAAACGGACCAGUGGGCUCUCCUCUGCGUCACCGGUGGGUUCCACCCACACCACCUCACCCUAACCUGGACACACCAGAGUGGAGACGAUAGCCCACACCACUUUGUUGGCAGCAACUGCACCCUUCACCCUGCCUACCCUCACAUCAACCAAUCACACAGCCUGAUUCCAAAGAUCUCAACUCCUAAUUGGAUGGGAGAGUGUUUACAGGUGACGGACAGCUCCAGAAAGGAAGUGUAUGUAAUCAGUGUGCUGUCCCUCCCCCCGCGGGGGUCUGUGGAGGCUGGGAUCUCCUACACCUGUAGUGUACAAGAUCACCCUGCUCUGGACUCACCCCUGUCUGCCUCCUUCUCCUGGGACGCAGCCCCCAAUGAGGUGAUUGGAUGCUUGAAUAUCCUUAAGAUCUGUGUCCUCUGUGGAGUGACUGUGGUGUUUUCCAUUGCAACACUGACAAGUUUGUGUGAAAAAAAAAGACCUCAUGUGUCCUAUGUACUCAAAUAAAGGGAGAAAACAAAGAACAUUUGUGAGAAAGAAAACAAAGGAUCUGAACACACCAAGAGCAUCCGAUUUUCUGUGAAUUAUAGGCUACCCACAACAGCUUCUGUACAGAUCUUUACUGCAUGAUACAUUUCCUGAUCAGAUGGCACACUUUUUAUGGCAAAGAGUAUGCUGGGUUUUAACUGAGGGACUUUUUUGGGGGACCAGUAGUUUUGUUUAUAAGCACAUGCCACAGCACUGUUUUAAAAACUAGCUCUACUCUCUCUCACUUGUCCUCCAUGAUGUAUAUUCUACCCAGCUCACACAUUCUGUAACAUCCCCAAAUCAUAAUGCAAAACUGAUGCUAUGUGAAACUUUAGGUCUUUGUCGCGUGUUGAACGGAAUCCUUCCUCUGCCAUUUUGCAGUCGUGUCAAGUGCUACUGUGUUGCUGAAUGCUUUUAUUAGUCAUAAUGUACUCUAGUGUCAAAAUGAAUGUCUCAUGGACGGUAUGCAACAAUCAACUCAACCUCUGUUGGAGCAUAAGCCCUGAAUAACUGGAAUAAAUAAAGUCAAGGCACUUCCUGGUGUAAAAGUAUUGAAUCUAUGGGUUUAUGUUGGUGGUGUGGGCUUUUCUUGCACGUGUUACAGGUACUGUACAGCAGCUUGCUGUAUAGUAUACAUGCACCACCCAUGAUACCUUAUCAGAGACUAUAGUCUCUGUGUAAAUAUUUGA